UUAGGCAGAUAGAGGUGCUCCAGCAAAUUACUACAGCCUUCAAUUCUUUGGUUGGCGGUGUCACCCCCAGUGCACAAAACUCUGUGGAAUCUCAACUCUCCGAAGAAGCCAGGGUGAGGAGGAAAAGGGUUGGCAUGCUCUUUCGAAAUGCCUCCAAGAAGUCGCUUAGCCAACUGGCCUAUUCCAGAGACCAGCGGCCGCUCUCCCCUUCAUUGGCAGGCCAGUUCUCCAGCCCAGAGCUGCCUGGAGAUCUUCCUCUUGACAAACGUAUCCCGCUGAAACGUGCCAGUCUAAGCCCUCUGGUAGAGGAGCAGACCUUAGUAUCAGAAGAAGAUGAAUCCACUGAGAACACAACCCUUCCUCAGGUUAAGAGCAGCAGUCCAGCAGCAAAGGGAGGUAAAGAACUGAAAAAUGACACAGCUAUAGCCUCUGCAAAAGGGGUUACAGGAGUGCCAGCAGAGUCUUUUGAGCUUGAAGAGAUCCAGAGCUUUGAUGACGGAAGCAUAGGAGGACCCUGCACUGGCACACCUGAUCAGCCAGAUAAUGAGCGGGCACGCCUCUCACAACUGAGGACCAUUAGCUGUCAGUCUGAUAGCAGUGGAUUUUUAGAGGAACCAUUCGUUCCUGCUCACCCCAACCCUGGACCUGAGCUUAGGAAGGUGCUGAAUGCCAUGUCAGGGGAGAGUACAGAAAGCCCACAGAAGAGUGGAGACCUGCAGGAAUCAGCAUUACUCUCUCCAUAUUCCCAGGAUUCUGAUAAGCUGCUUGAACAGACAGAAUCCUUUAGAACAGACUCAAAUAUUGACAAAGCAAAGGACCAAGCACAUAGUGUGAGGAAAAUAAGCAGAGGGGACACUACAAAGAGGCACUUACAGGACACUGAUGGAACAGAUUCUUUGGUAAAUAAGGAAGUUGUGCAGAAGGACAUUAUUGGUGAAUGUGUUGAAGAAUGUAGUACAUUACAGAAAGUCUCACUGGGUCUCUCUGACUACGGGGCCAGUACCAUACAAAGUACAAUAAGAACAAACUCGACAGGACUUGGUGGCUUUGACACCAAUACCAUACAAAGCAGCACAUUACAAAAGGACUCACCGGUUCUACAUGACUAUGAUGGAAGAAUUGAAGAAAGUAUCCAAUUUCAAAAGAAUUCACUAAAUCCAUCUCAUGAUGUGGUUGUGGGAGGUAAUUCCCAGAUGGAGAUACAGAAAUCUGAUGUUUCGUUGUUUAAAACAGACUCUACUUCCACUGACCCAAAAGCAGGUGCCGAACACAAAGUCCAAUCCUCCACAGAAUGUUACUAUGGACGUUCUGUCUCAGUGCAGAUGUGCUCAGGAUUGGCCUCUCAGAGUUCUCUGCGAGGCAGCAUCAGCCACAGCUCAUCAGUAGGGCACAAUCCAACCAGUGAUGUUCAUCACAGAAGAGAGUGCAGGGAACAGUUAAACUCAGAUGUGGCCGAUAUCUCAGACAAUGCCCGAAGUACAAACACUCCCACAACAACGAAACACACUUUACCUGACCCUUGGCACUCUCAGGAGAGUUUUAAAGGACCACACUCGAUAUCACUCGACAAGAGCCGGUCUUAUGAGGAGGACACGCGGUGGGAGGCAGUGCUUUGGUCAGGAGCUCAGAACUGUGGCCCAUGUGGGCACAAAUGGCGAUGCUGCUGCCAGAAUGUGAACAGCGAGAAACAGUACCCUAGCAGCCCAGAACAUCUAAACCCAGCCUACAGCCUGCCUUAUUCCAUGGAGGAAUUGUUAGGCAUGAUGAGAUGUAUGUGGAAGUUUCGUAAGAUGGUGGCUGAGAUCGAGGAGAGGGUAGAGGAGGAGCAGGAGACUGUAAAUAGUUCUUUCUCAGAUGAACACAGGGCAGAGGUACAGGACAUUCUAAAGCUGAGAACAGCUGUCAAAAAGGAAUCUGAAAUGUUGGAACAACAGCUCAACGAUCUGGUUCAGGCCUAUGACGACAACAUGGCAAUGAAGAUGAACAGACUUAUGGAUGAGCAGGCCCACCUGUGCACUCAACUGAAGUUUACACCCCAACCGGGACACAUCUCCAAAAAAAGUGUGGGUAUUCAGUGCACCUUGCUGACAGACAGCCCAGAGUCACAUCUCACUACACAACUCACAGACGACAUGAGGCUGAUUCACAAAGAAUGGAGUCCAGGCAGCAAAUCGGACAAGCUGGACUUUGUAGGAUUUAUCAAAAGUUUAAAGGACGGAUCAAUCAACAAUGAUUCACUGGAAUGAAAAAUUCUUCAACAUCAAGAAUGAGAAAGAUAACUGAACCUUGGUGUAGUAUUUCGAUGUGUUAUUGUAAUAAUAUAUUUUUUGAAUGUAAAAUAUUUUAUAAGCAAAAUAUAUAUAUAUUUUUUUUGCCAAAAGCAAUGAAAUAUCAUGUAUGUCUUGAAUCCAAGACCAAUAAACAACACUCAGUGUAUAUAAAUGUA